UCUAGCGCAACAGUGAAGUGCAACUACCACCUUCACCUCUUCCUUUUUUUUCUUCCUUGAGGUUCUAGUGAUUUCACUGUUAUAAAUACACAACCACCAUUUCUCACUUCAUUAACAUUCAUUAAUCAAUACCACUACCUCUCAAUUCUUAUAAUUAGUAAAAGUUUGAUUCAUUAAUUAAGCUGUACGUUAACUAAUUCAUAACCUCGUCGUCUAAUAUAUUAUGGCAGCUGUACAUCUCCCUGCCAUCCUCCCACGAGUUCUCAUCGUUUCCCGUCGCACCCUUCGUAAGAACAAGUUCGUCGAUUUCGUCGGUGAAUACCACUUAGAUUUAGUAAUGAAGUAUGGGGCAGUACCCAUAAUAGUGCCUCGAGUCACAGGCAUCCAUUCACUUCUAGAGAGCUUUGAGCCCAUCCACGGUGUCCUGUUGUGUGAAGGUGAAGACAUUGAUCCAUCCCUCUAUGAGUCCAACUUGAACUCAGGCGAACUUUCGCCUGCAGAUCUCGAAGAGAUCCUACGUUUACAUGCCAGUGACACUGCCAUCGACAAGGAAAAGGACUCGAUCGAGCUCAAGCUCACUGAGAUCUGCCUCGAGCGCAAUAUCCCGUUCCUAGGCAUUUGCCGUGGAUCUCAGGUACUAAAUGUAGCUUGUGGUGGAACUCUCUACCAAGAUGUGGAGAAGGAGCUUGCGAGAAAGGUACGUGAAGAGCUAAGAGUGUCCCACAUUAACUACGAAAAUUAUGAUGGUCAUAGACAUCUAAUUAGGGUGUUGGAAGGUACCCCGUUGCAUAAGUGGUUUAUUAAGGAAUCUACAAUUGCGGAAGAAAAGAAGUUAGAGAUCCUUGUCAAUAGCUACCACCAUCAAGGGGUUAAACGAUUAGCCCAACGUUUUGUUCCCAUGGCAUUUUCCCCAGAUGGUUUGAUUGAGGGUUUUUAUGACCCAGAAACAUAUGAUCCAGAGGAGGGAAAGUUUAUCAUGGGACUUCAGUUUCAUCCCGAACGAAUGAGAAGAGAUGACUCUGAUGAAUUUGAUUAUCCUGGUUGUCCAUGUGCUUAUCAGGAGUUCGUGAAGGCCGUGAUUGGAUACCAAAAAAGGACUAAUAAUAACAAUGCAAAGCAACCAUCCAAGUCAUUUAAGUUGGACCAAGCAUUGGAGAAGAAGAGGAAAGUUAUUGCUAGAAGUUUCUCACUUGCUAAAGAUCAAUCCAAAUUCAAGUCUAACUCAGUGUUUAGUCAGCAGCAAGAACCAAGGUUAAUAGAAGUGGGCGCAACAGUGAGAAAUCUGUUGGCAUAUUUCGAUAAGUGUAAAGUGCAGGAAGACAAAGAAAAUUUGGCAAAAGAAAUUAUGGAUAAAAUGUCGUUGGAGCAACUCACUGACCUCAUGGCUUUUUACCACUCAAUGAGCCAGACUUGUUCAGAAGUGUUGGAGAGAAAACUAUGCAACUUUGUAAAUGUGGAUUUGGGCUCCUAAGUCCGAAAUACUUUAAUGAUUUUACAAUUCAACCUACGGCCCACAAUCUUGUUGUUUUGUAGCUUAGUGUUUUAUUUUGUACGCAUGUUGACUCUCUAUAAUAUGUUAAAACUUCAAAUCUAUACUAAUAUAUUAAAAGA